UUAAAACAUAAAACAAGGAAUGUUUGAUCAGUGGUUGUAACGCACAACGUUUGUUUUAAAAGACGUGUUGGCUACAAUAGUGUUCGUAUAUGACGAAAGCGUUAGCAAUAACGAAGACAAACAGGAAAAGUGAGGGUGUGUGACAUACACUGUGUGAAAGGAAUUCCAAUGAGCAAGGAGGACAAAGGAACGACUGAUGCAAGUCUCAGUAGUGGUGUGAUCAAAGUUCUAGGUGUAGAACAUAAUCCGCCACCGAGAGAGAAACGUUCCGUCAAUACACCCAGUAGUGGGACGCGUUUAAAACUUCUUAACGAUGUUGCAGCAGCAGGUGGAGGGAAGGCCACAUUGGGCUCGUAUACUAAGCCAGAUAAACGACUAAGCAGCGGCAGUUCCCGUAUAAAAAUACUCAAUGAGGAUAGCAUAGCAACCAAGGCCGCUAAACGCAAUAGCGCUGGCGCUUCCAAUAAAACCAUUCCGAACACAGCCACCGUCAAAAUAUUAAACGACAAACGCAUUGUAUCUGCUGCCACACCUAUAGAAACAACAAAAAUCAAGACACCGCCCACAAGGAAAAAGAAAAUGGAUCACUAUGUGCUUCAUGCUGUAAAAGGCGAAAAUAAUAAAGCUGAUACAACCUGCAGUGUGAUUGUUGAUGAUGAUGAUGAUACUAUAGACUUUAUACUUGCAGAGGAAAAUAUCAACAACAAAGAUCAGGCCAGCGAGCCAGUAGCCGAAGAGCUCACGGUAUCUGAAGAAGAAGAUGAAGAUGGGGAAGAAGGAGAACCCCGUUCCAGUGCAAACAGUAGCGACAUUAAAGAGAUUGUAGAACACGUAUGUGGAAAAUGCUAUAAAACAUUUCGACGCGUCAAGAGUCUUAAGAAACACUUAGAGUUUUGCCGAUACGAUAGUGGAUAUCACUUGCGCAAGGCAGAUAUGUUGAAAAACCUGGAUAAAAUCGAAAAAGAUGCUGUUGUCAUGGAAAAAAAAGAUAUAUGCUUCUGUUGCAGUGAAAGCUAUGACACUUUUCAUCUGGGCCAUAUUAAUUGUCCUGACUGUCCGAAGUCGUUUAAAACCCAGACAAGUUACGAGCGUCAUAUUUUCAUCACUCAUUCGGAGUUUAAUGAUUUUCCUUGCUCUAUUUGCAAUGCAAAGUUGCGCAGCGAAGCUCUUCUUAAACUGCACGAAGAACAGCACAAGAUACGUGGAAAGCCAUAUGCAUGCAAAAUAUGCGGGAAGGACUUCACGCGUUCCUAUCAUCUUAAGCGCCAUCAAAAAUACUCAUCUUGCUCAGCCAGUGAGAACGAUACCAUGAGUUGCAAAGUGUGCGAUAGAGUGUUUUAUCGACUAGACAACUUGCGCGCCCACCUGAAACAGCAUUUAGGCACACAAGUCGUAAAAAAACCAGAAUACAUGUGUCACAUUUGCAAGAACUGUUUUUACAGCCUGUCCACGCUAAACAUUCACAUACGCACCCACACGGGUGAAAAGCCUUUUGAUUGCGAUCUGUGUGACAAGAAAUUCUCUGCUUUGGUAGCGCUUAAGAAGCAUCGGCGCUAUCACACUGGUGAGAAGCCUUACAGUUGCACAGUGUGCAAUCAAUCCUUUGCUGUCAAAGAAGUGCUUAAUCGACACAUGAAGCGUCACACGGGCGAGCGCCCGCACAAGUGUAAUGAGUGCGGCAAAAGUUUCAUACAAGCUACUCAGCUUCGUACGCAUUCUAAAACACAUUUGCGUCCGUAUUCGUGCGACCAAUGCGAUGAGAAGUUUAAGACGGAGAAACAACUCGACCGACACAUUAAGGAUCACACGCGGCAAAAGCGCGCGUCAUUCAUUUGCUCGCUAUGCAAUCAGGGUUUUCGCACAGAUGAACUGCUGAAACAGCACAUAGAAGAGGGCAAACACACUCCCAAGACCACGCGACCCAAACGCUCCGCGAAAGUUAUUGAGCGCACCGACUGUGCCAUUUGCGAUAAAAAUUUUGACAGUACCGACAGGCUACGCGCCCAUAUACGCAGCGUCCAUGAAUGUAAUCCGGACGAUAUUUUCGGCACGGAGCCCCAUGCCGCCAAACGCACAAAGAAGACAAAGAAGUUAUUAGAGACUCCUUCAAACACAUCUGGCUCGCUUAUUUCCAGCAAAACGAACAGCAAUGGCGUCGUUGUGCGCGAGUAUCUUGUCGAUGAGGGCGAUGGUAUUACACAGAGUAUAACGCUUGAGAAUGAAACCUACACUAUAUUGCCUUUGAACGAAAAUCAGGAGUCGAUAAUAACAACAAAUAUUGAAACUGAAAUUGCAGCUGCAACGCCUGAUGUGAAGCCAGAAUCAAAAGAGCAAAUGUCACCCAUGGUUAAGAAGGAACAGCGAAAGUCACUGGCAGCCAGCUUAGCAGCGGCCAUAGCUGACAACGGCAGCGAAUCUCUCAGUGACGAUGAGCUUAACAGUGAUGUUCUGUCCGAAAAUGAUUUAAAGCUAAAGGAGAAUAUAGGCAAGCUGAUUGAUAUGCUGGUCGAUCCGCCUACAUUACAAAAGUAUGGUUGGCCCAAUACAUCCGAAGAAACUGUACUCUGUAAGGUGAUUGAAAACUGUGGCCAUGACCUGACGCGAAGUGGCGAGAACUACGCAGAGUUGGACUAUGGCACUCGAAUGCGUGAAUAUGCGAAGCUCCUGUUUACUGUUGUCAUACACAACGACUCCAUCAAGUCACUUCUCAAUAACUUUCCCAUUGAUGACGUUAUUGAGUAUGUACUGGGAAGUGACGAUGAUCAAGACGAGGGGAAGGAUGAUAAGGGCCGUGAUCAGUUGGGGGCCAAAACUAGUGUCAUCAAUGUAGAUGCUUAAUAUAUGCAAAAAACACUAUGAAUGAACGGGCGAAGUUGAGUUUUAAAGAUUUUGGUUGAGUUUGUAUAAUAAGUGGCCUUACACACAAAUGUAAAAUUAUUGUUUCAAAUUA